UUUUCUCAUCUCCUUGUUUUUACUCUUUCGUAGCUCUCCUUCUCUCCAUCUUAAUCAAUGGGUCCAUAUAUCCCAACCUGUCUGCCGAAGGCCUUUUGGCUUUUUUGACUAUCUUCCUUCUUUCUACUGGUUUUUCUGCGUUGGAUUUCUUUUGUCCCGAGGACCCAUCUAUGCAUUGAACUUUAACAUCUUGUUGCUAGAGUGAAAACUGGACAGAGAGAGAGAGAGAGAGAGAGAGAGAGAGCGCAUAAUUCUUGAUGGGUUCUGAAUCUCAGUCUCUUGGGCUUUGGGUUUCGGGAGCAGAACAAACUUUCUUUCUACGCAAAGAUAUUAGCCCACUUUUAAUAGUUGCUUACUUGCUUUUGGUUAUGUGGUUUGAAAAUUUGCUUUUGGUUAUGUGGUUUGAAAGAGCCAGCAGUUGAUGCAUGGGUUCCGUGUGCUUUUGAACCCCAUUCUUUUGCCUUUAGGUUCUAAGAAAAAAGAGCCAAUUUCCUGAUCAAUCAGAAAGAAUGGUAAAGAAGUGUAAAAGAGUAGGCCAUUUUCUUUGCUUUUGAUUAUACUAGUUCCAAACAAGGGAAACCAAUGAUUCAUGGCGAACUUUUCGCUGCAUGUUCUUGUCUUUGAGCUGUCUGAGAAACUUACUUUUGGAAUUGUUCAGCGUGGGAAAAAAACCCCACUUUAUCUUUCGAAUGAGGAAAAAACUUUGACUUGUGAUUAGUCAGGAAGGUGGGGAACCCAUGAAUUGAUUAAUCCUUAUCUCCAUUCUUCUUUUUUCUGGCCAGGUUUUGUGGAGGAAAUUGCAUCCUUUAUUCCUGACUGGCUUUUCUUACUGCAUAUUCUUCUUUGAGUCCUCUGAGAAAGCUUAAUUGCGGUGUUAUUCAUUGCGGAAAGAAACUAUAUCAUCUUUCUAAUGCAGAAGGGACUUUGAGUUGUGCUAGUCAGGAAGGUGGGGAACCUAGAAGUUGAUGAGUCCUUUCUGUUUCUGGCCGGGUUCUGUGAAGGAAAUGGAUGGAAGGUCCAUAUUAGCCCAAGGGGAUCAAUAGAUUGGACAGAUGAUGAAAAAUAAUUGAAGGAAGCAGUUUAACCCAUAACCAUUAAAAGUGAACUACUGUCUUAUGAUCUCUCUUGAUUGUCAGAGGGAAAAUUGAUUGAAAAGUGUUUGAAGCUGCAGACGAAAUAUAGUUUUAGAUUGGAUUGGUGUUUAAUUCUUUCAGAGCCUAUAUCCUUCUGAACAUCUCGACUUACUUGGAUCUUGGCACAACAGUUCUUUGGUUUCUAACUGUGCAAUGGAGAACAGCAUAGUCAACAACUCAGUAGAUGUUAACUAUCAAAAUCCUAUGGCUAUAGAUGGAAUGCCUUCAAGUAUGUUCCCUGGUAUGGUUAUUCACCAAGAUUCAUUGCUUGUUAACAGCCGAAACCAGAUCAUGGCAGGAUAUCCUUUGCUUUCAGCAUUGCAAGGAGAACCCAUAAAUGUCAGAAAUGAUCUCCAUGUGGCAAACCAUGAUGAAGUUAAUAGUAAUGCUUCAGUUUCUAGAAAUUUGCCACUUGAUGAACAUGGCAUUGGAGAUUCUUCACCCAUCAUUUCACAGUCCAUUGAUAACAACGAGUUUCAGGGGCAGUUCAUGGGAGGAGCAUCCUUAACUGCCACAUCACUUUUUAACUUUUUGGCAGCAAAUGGUAGUCUGCAGGAAGAUCUCAACAGGAUUUCAAUUUCUUCUAACUCAUCCUUCCCAUUGAAAGAUUUGAGAAGUACUGUUUCAAAUGGCUGCUGUGAUACAUCCAAUUCUUCACUUACAGCCUCAGUGAAUUGUGGAUAUACUGGAGAAAAUGAUUAUGUACAGUGUAUAGUUUCCAAGAAAGACACGGGUGUCACUGACCAACUGGAUGGUAAAUGGACUGUUCACAAGUUUCCGGGUCCUGAGGAUAUUGCGGGUAAAGCCUUGCCACAUGGUUUUGUAGGAAGCUUGGACCCACAUGUAUGGAUGUCAUCUAACAAGUCCAGCAUCAGUGCAGAUGACACAUAUGGCUACUGUUUACCUAGUAAUGAACUAUCUCUAAGUCUGGCCACGUGCCAACCCUCUAUUAUCAGUGUACCAACCAUAACAGAUCAGUGCUCAGAAAUAAGUAGCUCUGUUGUUACACAGCAUUCAUUGCAUGAAGUUGGUAUGGGAGUGGGAUUUGGUUCAGAGCAGGCAUCUAGAAAGAGCAAUGAGCUUUCUUUGGGUUUUGGUUCAUAUGCGCCUGUCCAGUUCUCACAGAUAUUGUCUGAGUCAAAAUAUCUCAAUGUAGCUCAGCAAAUACUUUCUGAAUUUGCAAGUUAUUCUCUAAAAAACCUAGGUUGCCUGAGUUAUUCAGCAGGUGAGAUUGGAACUGGACAAAAAAUACCACUUUCAUCAAAUUUCUCUGCUGAAAGAGAGAUUCAAAAGAUGAGGUCUGAUGAAUUUCCUCUUCAUUCUGGAGAAACUGGAUCCAAUAGUCAAAAAAAGCUUCCAUUGCAAAGACAGGAGGUUGAAGCCAGGAAAACUCAACUAUUAGCUUUGCUACAAGUGGUUGACAGCAGAUACAGCCAAUGCUUGGAUGAGAUCCACACAGUCGUAUCUGCAUUCCAUGCUGCAACUGAGAUGGACCCUCGGAUACAUGCGUGUUUUGUUCUACAGACAAUAUCUUUUCUGUAUAGCAAUCUAAGGGAGAGAAUUGCCAACCAAAUCCUUGCAUCCGGAGAACACCUCAGCAUUAAAUGUAUGGUAGGGGAGAAAUUCAAAUCAUCUUUCAUUCAAAAGCAAUGGGCUCUCCAGCAACUAAGGAGAAGAGAUCAUCAGUCAUGGAGGCCACAAAGAGGCUUACCAGAAAGAUCAGUCUCAGUUUUACGAGCAUGGAUGUUUCAGAACUUCCUCCACCCGUAUCCCAAGGACACAGAGAAACAUCUACUUGCAAUAAGAAGCGGGCUGACACGGAGCCAGGUAUCCAAUUGGUUCAUAAAUGCACGCGUUCGUCUCUGGAAACCUAUGAUAGAAGAAAUGUACUCAGAAAUGAACAAUAGGAGGGGCCGUCGAACUGAUGAUGCAACAGAAAAUGGUCAUAGGACCCCAUAAGCAUUGACAAUUGAUAACCAGAGAAUCUCAAUGAACUGAAGCAGAUGGAAGUAAAUCUGCCUGCACCAGUAUAGUGAGCACCAACUGAUGGACUUCUUGGUAGGUAACUGAGGUAGAAAAAGAUUCAGUCCCUCUGACAGUCAUGGUCUUCUUCAUGGAGUAGACUGCUUUCACUUGCUUGGGUCUUACUUUCCAUGUGAUGACAAGUGAGCAAGUAAAAUGUGGAUCAAGAAAAAAGAUCAUGCAGCUGGAUGCUUCAUGCAUGGAGAUGAUUAAUCUUGUAUAUAACAGUGUAAUGUAUUCAGUUGGAUGAUAAGGACUGGUAAUCUGUUCUCUUGCAUGAAUAGUUAAUCUCUGAAGUCUGAACAUGUCUUAACUAUGAGUUCAACUUUAUAAUACUACUACAUUUUUCACGAC